CGUGUGUUGGGGUGGCGGUGGUGGUUCUCCAGGCCUGCGGGCGGCGCUGCAGCGAUCAGCGGGAGUUCAGUUCCUCCACAUGGACCGCAGCAGCGCGGUGCUACAGCCGGAGCUGUGAACUCCUGCUGCUUUAGUGUUUUCUCUGAAGUCUACAUUAAUAUUAACUGGAUUUCUGUCGUGGCUUUAUGUGGACUGAAUGAUGAAGAACCGCAGUGCUUGUACCAUAGAUCAGAGACUCAAACACAGAGUCCAGCAGUAUCUGAAAUCGCACAGUGAGCCGUAUGUGGAUAUCUCCGCGAUGGCCUGUGAGCUUCAGCAGCGCUUCAGGAUCGAGUACGGCCGCAGGAACAGGACGGCUUUCAGGAUUCAAGUGGAAAAAGUGCAUGCGGCGAUAUGCAGCGAGUCUGAUGUCUCUGCUCUGGAAGACAAGCAUUUGGCCAAAAGAGCGAGACGCAAGCGAGAGGACGGGGAGGAGGGUCUCGUCACCGAGUGCAGCACAGACAGCGAGGACGAUAUUCCUGAACAUGAGCAUACAAACCACAUGAACAGCUCGCUGACGUCCCUCUAUCAGAGAGGAGCGACCCCUCAGAAGAGCUGGGUCAUCGAUAAGACUGGAAACAGAGAGCAGGAGAACAUCUUCAUCGAUCUGUGUGAGGAAGAGUCCUCCAGCGCCGCGAAGCAGAGAGAUUCAUCAGCGCUGGAGAAGGACAAGAAGGCAAAGAGCAGGAAACUGAAGAGAGCGAAGAAGCAGCAGCACGAGGAGGACGCAGACGUCACUGCAGCGAUACUGGCUAAGAAGAGUAAGGGCCAUGAGCUGCAGUACUCGUCUGUGAAGUUUGAGGAUUUCGGCGGCAGUGAGGAGACUCUAGAGGAGGUCUGUAAGCUGCUGAUCCACAUGAGACAUCCGGAGGUGUACCAGCGGCUGGGAGUGGUUCCUCCGCGGGGCUUCCUGCUGCACGGCCCGCCGGGGUGUGGGAAGACGCUGCUGGCUCAGGCUGUGGCUGGAGAGGUGGGUCUGCCCAUGCUGAAGGUCUCGGCUCCGGAGCUGGUGUCAGGAGUCUCUGGGGAAUCGGAGCAGAAGCUGCGGGAACUGUUUGAGCAAGCCAUUAGCAGUGCUCCCUGUAUCGUGUUCAUCGACGAGAUCGAUGCCAUCACGCCAAAAAGAGAGAUUGCAUCCAAAGACAUGGAGAGGAGGAUCGUCGCUCAGUUACUCACCUGCAUGGACGACCUCAAUUCGUUAUCAGAACCGGCUCAGGUGUUGGUUAUUGGAGCCACUAACCGUCCGGACUCGCUGGACCCGGCCCUGCGUCGAGCCGGCAGGUUUGACCGCGAGAUCUGUCUGGGGAUUCCUGAUGAAGGCGCGCGACUGAAGAUUCUGAAGACGCUCUGUCGUAAGAUCACGCUGCCGGAGGAGUUUGAUUACAGAGAGCUGGCGCGUCUCACGCCGGGUUUUGUGGGCGCGGAUUUAAUGGCGCUGUGCCGAGAGGCGGCCAUGAGCACCAUCAACAGGAUCCUGCUGCAGCCGAACAGUGCAGACGCCGACGCCGACGCCACGCCACCGAAAGCGGAUCUGGAGCAGCUGCUGUCGUUGCUGAAGAUGAGCGAGUCUCUGAGCGAGGAGCAGCUCUCUGGACUCUGCGUGCUCAUGUCAGACUUCAGGACCUCGUUAGCCAGAGUCCAGCCGUCUGCGAAGCGUGAGGGGUUCGCCACCGUCCCAGACGUCAGCUGGGAGGACGUGGGCGCGCUGCACGACAUCCGCGAGGAGCUCAACAUGGCCAUCAUGGCUCCCAUCCAUAACCCGGAGCAUUUCAGAGCGCUGGGUCUGAACGCCCCCGCUGGAGUGCUGCUCGCCGGACCCCCCGGCUGCGGGAAGACCCUGCUGGCCAAAGCCGUCGCUAAUGAAUCAGGCUUAAACUUCAUCUCUGUCAAGGGUCCAGAGCUACUCAAUAUGUAUGUGGGCGAGAGCGAGCGGGCCGUCCGGCAGGUGUUUCAGAGAGGACGCAACUCCGCGCCCUGCGUCAUCUUCUUUGACGAGAUCGAUGCGCUGUGUCCUCGCCGCUCCGAGCACGAGUCAGGGGCCAGCGUUCGCGUCGUGAACCAGCUGCUCACUGAGAUGGACGGCAUGGAGAACCGCCGGCAGGUUUUCAUCAUGGCUGCCACCAACAGACCAGAUAUUAUUGAUCCCGCUGUGCUCAGACCAGGACGACUGGACAAAACUCUGUAUGUGGGUUUGCCGCCGCCCGCAGACAGACACGCCAUAUUAGUCACUAUUACGAAGGGCGGCACCAAACCACUUCUAGAUUCAGAUGUCAGUCUUGAGGAAAUUGCCCAUGAUGCUCGUUGUGAGAGUUUUACAGGAGCGGAUCUGUCUGCGCUGGUGCGAGAGGCGUGUGUUAAUGCUCUGAGAGUUCACCUGAGCUCAGGACCGGCACACACAGGUAACACACACACACACACACACACACACACGUCACUGAUGAAUCACCUGCGCUCUGCAGCAGAUCCACACGUGAUCUCUCUCUUUACAGAGCCAGUGAAAGACAUCCGAGUGAGCCGAGUUCACUUUGAAGACGCCUUCAAGAAGGUGCGCCCGUCUGUCUCCAAGAAGGACCAGUUAAUGUAUGAGAAACUGAAAGAGAGCCUCACCAGAUGACAACCAUUGAACAACUUUUGGAUAUCAUUUUGUACUAAAAAUAAAGUUUAAAUAAAAGAAACUGGCUGUGU